AGGGGGAGGAGGUGGCAGUAGUGGAGGUGGAAGUGGAGGAGGAGGCGGAGGAGGGAGUAAAGCGACCAGUGCCUCCUCCAUAGCACCGCUGGCGCCUCACCGGCAACACUGCACCCAGGUCCGGACGCGGCGGCUGAUGAAGGAGCUGCAGGAGAUCAGGAGGUUAGGGGACAACUUCAUCACGGUGGAGCUCGUGGAGGACAACCUGUACGACUGGAACGUCAAGCUGCACCAAGUGGACAAGGACUCGGCACUGUGGCAGGACAUGAAGGAGACGUGCACCGAGUUCAUCCUGCUCAACGUCACCUUCCCCGACAAUUUCCCCUUCUCGCCGCCCUUCAUGCGCGUCCUGACGCCCCGCCUGGAGAACGGCUACGUGCUGGACGGCGGGGCCAUAUGCAUGGAGCUGUUGACCCCGCGCGGAUGGUCCAGCGCCUACACGGUGGAGGCGGUCAUGAGGCAGUUUGCAGCCAGCCUCGUAAAAGGACAGGGGCGUAUAUGUAGGAAAGCGGGGAAGUCCAAGAAAGCGUUCAGCCGCAAGGAGGCCGAGGCCACCUUCAAGUCCCUGGUGAAGACCCACGAGAAGUACGGCUGGGUGUCUCCGCCCGUGUCCGACGGUUGAGUGCUCGGCCCCAACGUCCACCCUCUCCCCCCCAACCCUCCACCCCCCCGACCCCCCUGCGCUAGCCGGACAAACCCAGCUAGCCCCGACACGCUAAACGACACACCACGUCAACGCAACGAUCUCUCACCUCUACCCCGCCCCUCUUCUUUUUUUUUGGCUGUUUCAUUUGUUUUUGUGUCUCGUUAAUGUUUGAAUUUUCUCUCCAUCUUAAACCAAAAGACUCGGAGAGCAGACGCGGUGUCAUCAUCGCGGACUUUCAACCCCCCCCCCCUCGCCCCCACCACCACCACCACCUCACCCGCUCUCGCUCUCUCUCUCCUUCAGGGAGAUUUGAAAAAAAGCCUGAGAGGGAGCUGUGUGUGUUUUUGUGUGUGUGUGUUUCUGUCGCUCCAUCAACCGGGGUGUGUGUGUGUGUGUGUGUGUGUGUGUGUGUGUGUGUUUCUGUCGCUCCAUCAGCCGGGGUGUGUGUGUGUGUGUGUGUGUGUGCACGUGCAUACAGAUGCAGGUGACUGUUGUUGGACUUCUUUUUCUUUUUUUUCUUCUCCCAGUUUGCACCCACAUGCACGUGCAGAACUAAAUGGAACUGCGUGGACUCGUUGCACCUGUGUGGAAAGACUCAUAAACGAAGGAGACUCAUCCCCCUCUUCUGUCCUCGCUGUCCUCGCUGUCCUCGCUGUCCUCGUCCUCUCGUGUCGUCUCCUUAAAAAUGAACUGGCAUUACAUUCCUCCCUGUCUCUGUGUAGCUGUUGGAUCAUUUACAUGUAAAUGAAGCUAUUAAUGUUUAAUAGAUGGGCAGCACUGGCAUUUUUACUUACUCCUUCAUCUCUCCCUCCUCGCCCUUUCUUUCUUUCUUUCUUUCUUUCUUUCUUUUCGACUGUGCCAUCGCUCACAGUUAAAUGCAACAUGAAGAUUGUAAUUUACAUAGAGCUGUGCUCUUUCUCUCUCUCGCUCUCUCUGUCGUUCUUUCUCUAUCUCUCUUGAGCUCGUUCACUCUUUCUUUCUCUCUGUUUUGGUGUGGCUUCAUUUAGAACUCACUUCUGCAGAUAUUGAUCACUUUUGACUGAGGGGGGAAAAAAAGUCACAUGUUGCUUUUAUGCAGGGAUUAUGUUUGAAAAAUAGACUGACAGUCAAUCACCUCUCUUUCUUUCUCUCUACUUUAAUGUUAUCAUGUGUGUGUGUGUGUGUGUAAAGGACAGAAAGACUGUAACUCCCACGAUCCAGAUACCAGAUGGUACGUCGUAGGUUUUGUGUGUUUGUUUCAACAUGAAACUAUGAUUUACUGUGAAUAACACGACAAAAUGAACAAUUUGCCGUUCCGUCCAUGUCUGUAACCACACGUGUGAGACUGAGAGCAAAUAUCUACGCACACACACACACACACACACGGCCUCGUUCCCGAAACACGUGUUCCCACACAAAAAACAGAAAGGAGCUCAGUAGAAAAUGUGUGUUAGCCGUGCACAAGGUGAGAGCACACCAACCACACACACACGCACGUUAAGUCUGCGCACACUUGUUGCUUCCACCUGUGGCCUUUAUAGCGGCGGGCGGUCGGUAGCACGCCCAGAAAUGAAGAUGGACAGAAGCCGGAGAGCCGCCAUAGAUGCAGUGGCUGCUCUAAUUGACCGUACGCUUCACAGCGAGCCUAAUUUGAUGCCUCCUGAAAGACGGGCAGAAGAAGAAGAAGAAGAAGAAGAAGGAGAGCAGAGCUUUGAAAUGUCAGGCCGCUUGCAAAAUGGCCGAAGACAGAUAUCAUUUGCUCGCUACCUGCUGUGAUUACCUCGGAGCCGCACUGUUCCCGCGCUAUAAAAGGACUCCAUAAAUAUCUAAUAUUAACUCUGUGGCAGCGGCACGUUGUCAAUCGAGCGGCCGACUAUUCACAGACUUAUCUGUGUGCUGUGCAGUGCAGUCCUCGUGUGUUUGUUUUGCUCUCUGCUCAGAAAAUGUCAGAGGGGGAAAAAGCCGCUAAUUGGUCUGACAUUUCAGCAGCACGUCGUUAGAGCAGACGGACGGACGGAGGACGUCAAACCUCCUGCUCGGCACUGACAUUUUGUCACUUUAUGCUCCGGCCCUGUUUCUUUGGAGAGGGAUGGGUGGAGGGGUGAGGAGGCCAGAGAGUGGGUGAGCUGGGGUGAGGUGGGUAUGGCGGCAGUUUGAUGCCAGUUAGCCACAUCGUGCCACAUUUGCAUCUAUGCUGCAUCUCAAAAGCCCCCACUUGUGUGUGUGUGUGUGUGUGCGAAUGUGUGUGUCCACCAAGUGAAAAUAAGAGAGAAAAAAAAAGAACAACACCAUCUGGUCUGUGGUCACGUGUGAACGAAGGCGUUAGUCCUCUUUGCAUUUUGUCCUUUCAGCGGUCGGUCAUCGUAGAGUGAUCUCUCGACAGAGCGAGAGAGAAAAACUGUAAACUGGAUUAUUACGAAGACAAAAUAUCUCCAAAAAGCUCAGUGUUGGCUGGUUUCAAGAGAACAAUUUUGUGAUAUAGUUUAGAUUGGUAGUUUCCAGACACUAACUGGGUGAACUGAUUAUGUUGUAUUAUAUCUGCAUGUGAAAUGUGAUUGGUAGCUAGCUACUGUAUAUCUUUUUUCAAGAAAAAAGCAAGGAAAAAAUAUUGGGGGGGUAAAGAAAAAAAAAUGCAAAUACGUUUCUUUUCUUGGACAAAUUUUCUUUCUUUCUUUCUCAGUUUUUUUGGGGGGAAAGUUCCGUACUGUAUGUAUUUAAUUUUCUUUUAUCUUUUUCCAAGUGUCCUCAAACUGUCACAUUGUGUUUCUGAAUGUUUGUGUUUUAAUUUAUUUGUGGUUUGCCAAAAUGAAGAUUUGAAGCAUGUUGCAGGUAUUGUCACAAGAAGAAGAAAAAAAAAAAAAAACUUACUAUGAAUGAUAGCCUUUGUGUUUGUGUGAUGGGAGGGAGGUGUGUUUAUUGAGGGGGGGACAACAAUUUUACAAAGCCUCAAAUUUUUAAAAGGAAUAUUUCCUUCAUUGCGAGUGCGUUAAAGUGGAAUGAAGAAAACGUGCGCUCCUUUGACUUCUUCUCAGUUCCCCUUCAUGAUGUCACUACUGUCUAUUCCCCCAUUGGUCCUGCUCUAGAUAGCGACGUGUAAUGCAGUCAGCACAAAGACCUGGAUUCACGUCCUCACGUCUAGGAUCCUCGCGACCUCCCCGAUGCUUCAAAUCUAACUCGAUAAGGGAAUCUGAGCUACGAUCGAUCAGUCGACGUCGUCACCACUCCUGACUUGAGCGUUUUUGGCCCCGAGACGAAAAAGGUCGUUAAAAAGUUCAGAAGGUGAAAAGGUCAUCGCAAGACCAAACAGGAAUGUGCAAUAAAAGUUACAGCUUAAUUCAAAA